AUGCUGAAGUCUGGGUGCGUGGUCUUGGCACUGCUUAUAUUUGUAAAAGUUUCUCUAGGCCAGAUAAGCACAUGUGGUCAAGCACCUUUAAACUACCGUAUUGUGGGGGAACAGAGCACCUCAGCAGGCGCGUGGCCAUGGCAGGUUAGUUUGCAUAGCCCUGUUAAGAGCAGACAUUUCUGUGGAGGAUCCCUCGUUAAUAAGGAAUGGGUUACGACUGCAGCACACUGUUUCGCACUGGCACGUCUGACGUCUGGCUUGGUUGUGUAUUUGGGGAAGCAAGCUCAGGAAGGAGUAAAUCAAAAUCAACUCACCAGACAUGUCACCAAGAUUAUCAAACACCCGCAGUACAACAACAUCACCAAUAAUAAUGACAUCGCCCUGAUUCUUCUGAGCUCCUCUGUGACCUUCACAAACUACAUCAGACCUGUGUGUCUUGCUGUCCAAGGCAGCAAUUUUCCCUCUGGUACCCAGUGCUGGAUCACAGGCUGGGGAGAUAUCGCCUUAGGAGUGCGGCUGCCUUCUCCUGGUGUGUUGCAGGAGGCACAGGUUCCUGUCAUCGGCAGAACUCAGUGUGACACACUAUUGGGACCAGGAAUCAUUACCAACAAGAUGAUCUGUGCUGGAUUAUUACAAGGAGGCAAGGACACCUGCCAGGGGGACUCUGGAGGUCCAAUGGUGACUAAGCAGGGAAGAGUCUGGAUUCAGGCCGGUAUCACUAGCUGA